AUGAUCCACCACAAUUUGCACAGAUGGACGAAUUACAGGUCAGUUAUGGCGCCCUUAUCUCGGCUUUUGAACUGCCACUACCAAAAAGUAGAUCUGGAAAAUUUCCAUUUUCUGCCCAGCAUAAGAAAUACCAAACGCUUACUUAUGACUUUCGGUAAGCCUGCCCUCCUGUCCCGACUUGUGCAGAUAAAAAACAUCUUAUGGUGGACUCACUUCCUUUACCCAAUAAGGGUCUUCAAGGAUGAAACAGUGAGACAGCUGAUCUCUGGCAGGGAAUCCAAGGCAAUUUUCAAAAAUGAAACUAAAUUAAUCAACAGAAACGUCAGUUGCAUGAAGGGGCAGGAUAAAACCUUGAGUUUAGAACUACAGUGGUACCUUGGGUUACAUACGCUUCUGGUUACAGACUCCGCUAACCCAGAAAUAGUACCUUGGGUUAAGAACUUUGCUUCAGGAUGAGAACAGAAAUCGUGCUCCGGCGGUUCAGCGGCAGCAGGAGGCCCCAUUAGCUAAAGUGGUGCUUCAGGUUGAGAACAGUUUCAGGUUAAGAACACACCUCCGGAAUGAAUUAAGUACUUAACCCGAGGUACCACUGUAUAAGAAUUCAAGAGAAUAUCAGUAAGCAUAAGGUCUGAGAUCUCGACUCAAAACAAAAGGACACUGGAGCUGGAAUCAAAACAUUCAAAUAUACAUAACAGCUCUCCAUCCCAAAGAAGGCCACAUGUGCAUCUGUGCGAUCGCUUCCCAAGUGAUAGUGAUGAAGAGGGGGAGUUUGAUAGCUCUGACAUUCCCAUGCUAAUAACCUUCAAGGAACCUCAUGUCACCAACAGACAGUUGAAAUCUCACAAUAGUACUCAGGCCUCACACAGACUUUUGCCCAAUCCCUCCAACACUUACGACUCAACUGGUGCCUAGAUAUUUACACUUACACAGGAGGACCAGCUGUCCCCAUUACAUCUCUGGCAGAACAGGACAAAGGAGGUCCCUGAUCGGGAAGCUGGCUCUUUGCUAGCCAACAGUCCUCACUUUGCAGCACAUGCCUCUCUAAUUCUUCCAAAGGCACAGAACCAUCUCAUGAGGGAAAGAGGGACUGACAGCUAACAGGCCAGCAUAACACCAACCUGGAAUGUACAGUAGCUGGAUGAGAUGCAUCCAUCAGGGAUAAUUGCUUCACUGACUUUUUAUCUCAACACUACACUCUUUUGAUUCAGGAGACCUGGACCAGGGAUGAUAUACCAUUAAAUAGAUAUUCCAUUACAAGGGAGACUGGCAUGGGGCUUGGGAUCACCACCGUUGAGGGGCGAGGGAGGUAUGGCGGUGAGGGCAGAUAUUGUAGGCAAAGGGGUUUGAGAUACAAAGAUGCUCGAACCCCUUCCAAUCUGCACCCCAUCCCGAGGGACGAAGGUAGGGCAAGCAGGGAUUACCUACCUCCGUCAUUGGUGCUGUGCAAUGCCAGGUCUAUAGGCAACAAAACCGCCACCCUGCGAGACAUUCCCCCCUCGCAGGGGGUUGACCUGAGUUCACGAAGGUGAAAUAGUUGCCUUGCAUGAGAUGGCAGCCCCGGGUUUCUCCGUCCUUCACCAAUCGCAGACUGUGGGUCGGGGGAGAGGGAUGGCGUUGUUAAUCUGUGAGGAUUGCUCUUUCAGGGCUCUGCCAGUGCCAUUGAUCUCUGGCAUUGAAUGUCUUGGCCUGGUGUGGGGCACCAAGGAGAGCUAGGCUGUCUGGCUGGUGUACCGGCCACCUAGCGCACCAGCAGCCACCCUGUCAGGCCUACUGGAGGCAGUGGCCGGCUGGGCCUUGGAGUUCCCUAACCGAUUGGUUUUGGGGGACUUCAGUGCCCAUGCUGAUGCCGCCCCCUCUUCAUGGGCUCUGGACCUGGUGACACUAGGGCUCUCCCAGUUUGUUGUGGGCCCUACACACCAAGCAGACCACACACUGGAUUUGAUAUUUGGCACAGGUAUAGAUGUGAUCAUGUCCUCCCCUGUGGAAGUGCCAUGGUCUGAUCACUAUGCUAUGAAAGCCAGGAUUGACCCCCCCGCCGCUUGGGUGGCGAGCCUAUUUGGGUUCGUCUAUGGAGGCUGAUGGAUCCUGAUGGAUUCUGUCAGAUCUUGCAGGACCCUGUCCCCCUGGCGGCUCAUUAGAUGAGCUUGUCGAGAGCUGGAAUAACCAGCUCUUGGCAGCCAUCAAUGAGAUCGCACUUAGACGCCCUCUGCGACCCCAGCGAAACUGCCCCCCCCCCAUUAUUAUUAUUAUUAUUAUUACACCAAAAAACAAAAAUACAAAUGAAAGUAGAAAUAAACACAAUACAGUCAUACAUCUUGUUACAUUCGGUUCAGGUUAUGUCUUUUCAGGUUGCGUCCCGCGGCGACCUGGAAGUACCGGAAAGGGUUACUUCCUGGUUUCGCCGCUCACGCAUGCGCAGACACGCAAAAUGGCGUCAUGUGCAUGCGCAGAAGUGGCGAAUGGGACCUCCGCACACACAGACGCGGGUUGCGUUCUGCUCAUGUUGCGAAUGGGGCUCCGGAACGGAUCCCAUUCGCAACCAGUGGUACCACUGUAUUAAUUACAAAACUAUAAAGCAAAAAAAAGGUCUUUGGACUAUAGACCCAACCUCCCGUCUAUUCCCUGUUUCAAUUAUAUGUUACUUGUUGCCAGUACACACUUUUAUCAUAGAUUAACUAAUGCUUAAUUUAUCUUAGCUCUCUUAUCUUUCUUAACACUACUAUGGAACUUAUUCAAAUGCUGAAACAGAGUUUAAACUGUUAUAAUUAUUUUGCAUAUAAACUUUGAAGACCUCCCAUUUUGAAACAAAUUCCUGUUUUGGUUUGCUUUUUAUUUUUUCUGAUAGGCUAUCUAACCACAUAUUCUGUCAGUUUUUGAAUCCAUUCAUGAAAAGAGAGGAUUUCAUCACUCUUCCAUUUUGUAGCAACAAGAACUCUAGCUGCUACUGUAGCAUAUAAAAAGAUACCCUUCAUUUUCUGCGGGAUAUCCUAAUCUGUAAUCCCCAGAAGAUAAACUUCUGGUUUCCUCUUAAAGGAAAUUUUUAGCAUUUUUUGUAAUUCUGAAUGUUAUUUCAAUGCACUAAUUGCCUCAGUAUAUACAUCUUUGGACACUGGGCUGGAGAACUGUGGUGCAAAAUUCAAGGGAAAUGUGCAUUUCGAAGGAUUUUUGCAUUUCAGUUUGUGCAUUGUUUCACAAAGUGUGAACAUUUGCCUUUCAGUGUGAACAGAAUUUAAUUCCUCUCCCACCCCAGCCUCAAGUAAUUUUGUAUAUUCCCACAGGUUGUGAGAAGCUCUCUGUGGCUUUACGAAGUCAACAUCUCUGAGAUUAUGACAAUCCUGGAGAUUUAGGUUGUCUUUUCUAAACAAUUGCUCAUUGGCAAGUGUAGCAGAGUGAGCAACUCUCAAAAGUAUAAAGGUAAAGGUAAAGGGAGCCCUGACCAUUAGGUCCAGUCGUGACCGACUCUGGGGUUGCGGCACUCAUCUCGCUUUAUUGGCUGAGGGAGCUGGUGUACAGCUUCCGGGUCAUGUGGCCAGCAUGGCUAAGCCACUUCUGGCGAACCAGAGCAGCGCACAGAAACACCGUUUACCUUCCCGCUGGAGUGGUACCUAUUUAUCCACUUGCACUUUGACGUUCUUUCGAACUGCUAGGUUGGCAGGAGCAGGGACCGAGCAAUGGGAGCUCACCCUGUCACGGGGAUUCGAACUGCCGACCUUCUGAUCAGCAAGUCCUAGGCUCUGUGGUUUAACCCACAGCGCCACCCACAUCCCUCUCAAAAGUAUAGAAUCAUAGAAUUGGAAGGGACCGCAUGGGCUAUAUAGUUCAAAUCCCUGCAAUGAACCACGAGAGUAGAACCACAAGCAGUAUUAUUUGUCCCAAAGCAACAUGUUUAGCCUCCCAGUGUCCCAGAAACUGUUCCCAACAUCCAGAAGCCUCUUUAAGCAACUUCCCCACCUCUCUUGAGGGCUUGAAACUUGGGAACCAAUUUACCAAGCCUACACAAGCCCCAUUCAAUUCCUCUUCCACUGAUGUGAUUGGAGGGUCUAUAGGAAAAUUGCACCUUAUUGUAUUCAAUGAAGGAUCUCCCUUUUCCUUUACCCCCGGCAGCCCCCCACAAACAUGAAUAUACUCCCCCUUCUUGACAUGGGCAGUCAUUCCCCCUUCCCAGCAUCAUAUUGCUUUGUUUUUAACUAAAGGCAGACACUGGUGACAUGAGGACCAUCAUUUAAAGCAGGCUUCCUCAAACGCACCCCUCCAGAUGUUUUGAGACUACAGUUCCCAUCAUCCCUGACCACUGGUCCUGCUAGCUAGGGAUCAUGGGCCAAAAAACAUCUGGAGGGCCGUGUUUGAGGAAGCCUGAUUUAGAGGCUGUGUUAGACUUUGCAAGCAAAUGUUUUCCCCAAUUCCUUAGGCGUUAAAGGAAGAAUAGGCGUAAAUAACCACACGUUUUCUCCUUAAUUGUUGGGGUAUGCAGCUGUUGGCCCUUGGUUGAUUGUGCCAUAUCCUUUUCCUUUGAUAUAUCACCACGCUGCAAAUCUUUCUGGGAACCAAACUAGAUACUACUCCUUCAGAGGUGGGGUGGGGAAACUCAGGCCAACCGGAUCCCAAAUGUGGCCCUCCAAGCCUUUCUGUCUGGCCCUUGGGACUCUCUCACAGGCCACACCCUCUUUCCCCAAGCCACACCCCUCUCUGACCCUCCUUCACUUCCUCCUUGUUUUUGUCCUGUCCAGAAUGUGUCCUUGAAACUUAGAAUUGACUCAUUCUGGGCCUGGGGCUUUGUUUGGAGUACCAGAAUUGGAUGGAGACCUGGUUAUGCUCCUCUGUUCACCAGCUUUCUUACUUUCAGCAGUUGAUUUGGCAGGGUGGGAGAAAGAGUCGUUUGGUUGCUGCCGUUAUUAAAACAACCGAGGGUCAGAAAUCCUUCACAUCACCCAAUAUCAUGUGGCAUGCUAAAGAUGCACCUCUCCACCCUGGUCUUUGACCCUUGGCCUUGAAAUUGCAUCUUCUUCUCCCCUGUCCCCCCCAUCCAGCUCAGUAUUGUCUACACUGACUGGCAGCAGCUAUCCAGGAUUUCACGGGGGGGGGGGAGGCCUGCCUAGCCCUACCUGGAAACAGGUACUGCUACCAUCUGCAUGUGAGGCAGAUGUUCUACCACUGAGCUAUGGCCCUUCCUCUAGACCAGUGGUCCCCAAACAUUUCCCCUCAUUUGAAUGACCACAGACCACAGUUAAUGAUUUGUCUGCUAUUUGUAGGGUUGCCAUAUUUCAGUAAGUUGUUGAUCUUUUUUUCAGGAAGGCCCCCAAAUUGUUGAGUUUUUAAAGGUUUUUUUAAAGGAAUUUUUUGGCAGGAUUUAACCCCCAUUGCUGGUUUCCCAUGUCAUUUGCCCCAUUUCUGAAAAAUAAUCCAGGACAUUUUGGGAGGUGAAUUUCAGGACAUGUCCCGGAAAUUCAGGGCAUAUGGCAGCCCUAGCUAUUUGUCGCAACUGUAAUGCACUGUACGAGUUAUAGUUGUAUUUUCACAGACCUGCCAUAGACUGCAUGAAUGAAGCUCACAGACCCGUCUGGGAACCCCUGCUCUAGACUUAUACGGUAAGAUUCUAGACCUCAUGGUUUUGAAUAAAGGGUUGGUUAAACAGGAAUACAGGAAGCUGCUACCUUAUUCUGCUGAUCUGCUACUCUUCCCCAGUGAAUGAGUAAAACCAGCAAGACUGCUAUAUCUCCACAUCUGGAGAACACAAAUUAUUUCACCCCCACCCACACUUUCUCACUGGUGCUUGUACAUGAGCAUUCUUUGGGGUUUUACUUUUAAGAGGACUGUUCAAAUUAGAUUUCCAUAAAACGCAACGCAGCAUCUAUGGAGCUAGCAUGUAUGAAAGCAAACAAUCUGGCUGGAUUUUUGCCAAGAUUUUUAAAAAAUCAGUUCCGAUUAUUUUCAAAGUUCUUUUCCCCCCACCCAAUCCACUUUUAGCUCAUCUCACAUCUUUUAACAACAUCUAAUUUCCACCCCCAUGCCUUCUUCACAUUUAACUUUUUAUCCCGGCUUUUGACACUUGAGUGUUUAAAGGGGGGGGGAUGGGGCCACACUGUUCCCUUGACUGUAAUUUAUUUUAAAAGGUUUUAAUGUUCUGUUUUUAAAUGGUGAAGGGCAGGUGGGAAAUCUAAUAGAUGAUGACUUUUGUGGUGCAUGUCUCACUAUUUGGUCCUUAGGACCCUUGAGCACAUUCAUAUACACUGAGCUGCUUACAGCAAAGUCAAGAACUGCAACAAAACUCAUCACUACUCCCAGAGAAAGCCUCAAAACAAAUUAGAAUGUCAAAUGAAAAAUGGAGAUUAGACUGACGACGAAAAAAACCGAGCAGUCAUUUUUGACCCCACAAGCUUUAAAAAAUAAAUGGGAGAGAAAUGAAAACAUAUCUAGCAACGCAUCAAGAGCCUGCUGAGUUUUUGUUUUGUUUUUUUCUGAUGGAGAGAAUCUCCUUAAGAGAAUAUCUGCUCAAAACAAAGAUGUUUACGACACAAUCACAAAGGCUCACCUUGGUUAAAGGAUCCCCAUCUGCCAAGAGUUAGGAAGAAAACUGGUCCAGAGAAUACCUGGAGGGGAAAUCCAAAGAUCCUUGGUUGCUGUUACAGUUCCUGUUGUGACAUCCCUCAAAGGUGCGAAAGGACUAAAUAAAUAUCCCGUCUCUCGUAGCUUAAAAUAAAUCCCCAAAACGUGAGGCAGGGACACAUCCCUCGUCUGACUUGGGUGCAGUUUCCCUGGAUAAGUAUAGCACUGAGGUGCUUUUCAAUGCCGGCUGAGUUACACAGGAUCCACAGGUUGGCUACGAAAAGAGACAAACUUGCUAGACCACAAAUUUCUUGGCUACUCAGAGCUGGGGAAAGACGCCACCAUCGCCAAUUAUCCAUGCAAAAGAGGUUGAGUCAUAACGAUGACGAAGGAAGGACACCUGAACAUUAUCUCAAAACCAUCCGGAGAGCUUUCAUCAUUUUGAUUUAUUUAUUCCCCCCCCUUCUUCUUUUAUUGACACCCAGGAAUCAUUUGCAGUGAAAGAAAGCAGGCUAAUUAUCUUGCGGUCGGAUUCCUCAGGUGCAGGCAAGAGACAAUUAGUUUUCCAUCCAAAUAAUGACGGAGGGCGCGUUUUAAUAAGUCGAAAGCGUUUCGUGGCCAGUAGCACACUGAUCCUCACAACAACCUGGCGAGGUAGGGCAGGAUCAUUAUCCCCACAUGAGCCUGAAGCUUGGAAACAAAGGUGGGAACUGAAGCAACAAGGAUGAGGCAGGACUACUAGAACUUGGGCCGUCUGACAUAAUGGAAGGUUUGAAGAUGAAAGUACUUCAUACAACAAUGGAAUUUGCUCUCGCAAGAGGCAGCGAUGUCCACCAAUGCUUCAAAAGGGGGCUACACAGAUUAAUUGAGGACACGUCUGCCAGUGUCUACUAGACACAGUGGCUAUGCUGCCCCUUCCACAGUAUGCCAAGUGCUGGGAAUCACAACUGGGGAGAGAUUUGCUGUUGAGCUCAUGUCCUGCUUCCAGUGUUGCUCCUUGUACAGCUCAAGAGGAAGGAAGAUGGACACAAAACUAGACGGAGUUUGCUCUGGCUGCAAUUGCCCCUGCUGUUGGGCUCCCUGCCUUCUGCCCCAUCGGUCCCAAUGGGCACCAUUCCCCACUGUGGGACAGACAUUCCUCUGCUAGAUUUCUUCGAAAUGGAGCAGUUCCAUAUUGCUGAAUGAGGUUUGUGUGGGUGGGUGGGCGCCUGCCUCCUUACCGAGGUCCCAGCUCAACCAUGGGCAUCACAGCCCUGUUGCACAAGGAUCUCUUUCAACCAAGAAGAUCUCAUUCCUCAGCAGCAAUUCCAGCACCACAAGCAUCCCCAAACAUCACCAGGUGGAACCUGGAGGCAGGAAGCAACAUUGCAUGGAGGAAUAGCAUGAGCAGGGCAUCAGGAUUUCAGCAUUUGUACUGGGCUGCUAGGGCUUACAUUAUGUAUAUACCGUAUUUUUCGCUCUAUAAGAUGCACCCAACCAUAAGAUGGGCUGCCCUUCUCCCUCCUCGGGGAAAAGCCAGCAAGAGCCGCACACAUGCUCUUCACAGCUCUUUAAAGGGAGCGCUGAGCAGAGCCUGUGUGCGGCUCUUGCUGGAUUUUCCGGGAGGUGGGGAAGAGAUGAAGGGCAGCCCAUCAGUCCCUCCUCCCGGAAAAGCCAGCAAGAGCCGCACACAGGCUCUGCUCAGCGCUCCCUUUAAAGAGCCGUGCGGAGCGUGUGUGCAUCUCUUGGGGGCUUUCCCCUGAGGACAGAGAAGGGCCUGACGGGCUGCCCUUCUCCCUCCUUGGGGAAAAGCCAGCAAGAGCUCUAUGCUGCUCUUUAAAGGGAGCGCUGAGCAGAGCCUCCCGCCUGCAUUCGCUCCAUAAGACGCACACACAUUUCCCCUUACUUUUUAGGAGGGGAAAAGUGUGUCUUAUGGAGCGAAAAAUACAAUAGGUCUGCAGCACUUAGCGACUCUGUGAGCGUCACGGCAUGGACUGUUGAUUUCCCAGCCCCUGGCCACAUGGAGGCUGCAUUGUGUGCUUUCCAUAGAGAGAAGGACUGUUGUCUCAUGGCCGGCUGUGAGCAGCGGUACCAUUAGUCAGAGGUGAAAAGGCUGCUCAAGUGGAGCCAAACCCAUUUCCAGUGGCAGACAGGACUCAUCACCAUCAUAACAUGCAAGGACUGGGGUGGGGUCCCCAGGUGUCCAGCGCCAUUUCCACGAGACAGAAGAUGAUUAAAAAUCUGGUCUGUCGAGUUGGGUAGGGAAAUCCUUGCUGUCUUCAUUCCUCUGGUUAUUGUGGAGGGGUUUUAGCAAUGCUUACAUUGCUAUUAGGGGGGACAGUCCAUUGCUGGGACAUCAGCGAUGGGAAGCACAGAGAAGGAUUCUUUAUGUUCACUGGAUCCCCCUAAACAGCUGAAUCGGAUGGCAUUCUCACAGUCCAAUCAACACCUUGCCAUUUGUGUGCUGUUUUCAUCAUGCCAAAAUCGUCCUUUCCCAUUUUGCCCCCCCCCCACUUGCACGUGGUGAAAUUUGGGGUGGCUAAGAUGAUUUCUGAGGCAGUGGUUAGGGAAAGGGAAACCUGACAGUUUCAGGUUCUAUUAGUUUCUCGUUUUUCCAAACUUAAGUUCAGUUCUCCACACUGGUUUGUUGUUGCAUUAAAAGAAACUCCUGAUGAAAAUUCAUCAGCAUUUUCCCCCAGAUAUCUAUCUAUCUAUCAUCUAUCUAUCUAAUUAGUUGUUGUUGUUGUCUUCACCUUAAAGUCACAGGGCAGCUUACGACAAUUAAACCUGCUUUCCUUUGGACCAUCUCAGCGAGACAACAUGUAAAUAAGGUAAUUUUGUCUCAAGAAGUGAACUGAAGCGAAUUCCUCCACCCCACCCCUGCAGAGCUAAACAUAUCAUUGCAAGGGGCCUAGGCUGCUGCGUGUGCUUUUCUUGCCAGUAAAUCUUUUUUGCAGCCUCCCUGGCUGCCCCUCCUGUCCCCUGAGCUGAAAAGGCGAUCACUUCUUCUGGGCUUUAAAUGAAGCACAGACACCCAGGAAGGCUGCGAAGUGCAGGUGCAAUGAUUUCUAGAAUGAAAGGAGGACACUCACAAACACCCCUUGACUACAUUUCAAGACUAGGGUGCUGCUUUUAGGGGGUUUUAGGAUGAUGUUAUCCACGAUUGCUUGACUUGUUUGUCACAGUUUUCAUUGGUUUGGCAUUGACAUGUUUGCUACCCUUGGCUCCUUCAGCGGACAGGGCAAAUGGCAUCCUCAACAAGCCCCCUUAAACCUGGCAGCGGUGGGGUGUGCAAAGGCGCAAUUCUUCCUUGCCGCCUCUGACCUUUCUGGGGGCAAAAGUGAUAAUAUGGGUGCAAUGGGUCUUGGCACCCUUUAAAUCAGGGGUCAGCAAACUUUUUCAGCAGGGGGCCGGUCCACUGUCCCUCAGACCUUGUGGGGGGGCCGGACUAUAUUUUGAAAAGAAAUAAGAAUGAACGAAUUCCUAUGCCCCACAAAUAACCCAGAGAUGCAUUUUAAAUAAAAGGACACAUUCUACUAAUGUAAAAACACAGAUUCCCGGACCGUCCGCAGUCCGGAUUUAGAAGGUGACUGGGCUGGAUCUGGCCCCUGGGCCUUAGUUUGCCUACCCAUGCUUUAAAUAGCCUGCCUUCACCACCUUCUGGAAGUUGCCCUGAUGCAAGAGCUUAAAUCUUCCUAGCUGUAACAUCUUCAGAUAUGGAAGCUUUCCUCUCUACUUUCUGACAUACGGUAGUUACCUCUAAUUUCUCCACAUUCAGAAGCACCAACUCUGUGCUUUCUCAGAUGUAGGACAGUCAUGCUUGUUCAUCCUGGGUAGGAGGAAGGUCAUUGCCUGCUUUUAAAAAAACUAAAUCCCUAAAUUGCCAGGUCGCAUGAAGAUGUGAUUAUUUGUUGACCUUGAGGCUGUUGACACGAUACAAACAACUAACAGAGGGGUGUGUGCAGGCAGGCAGGCUAGCAAAGAACAUCUGUGGGCCAGUAACUGUUGUGGAUAGAUUGGCACAGCUGUCUUAAGCCAUUUUCAUAUUAGAGAGCAAAGCCUAAAUAUAUGCAAAAUAGAACAAUAUAGCACAAGCUUUCUACAUCUAUUUGCCUGAAUUAGAAACUUAGUAGAAUUUUUUGUUUUUUCAAAGUAGCUUCUUCUAGUAAUGCAAGCCCAGGACGCAUGCCAGCCUUCCCCAUCCCAACGCCCUCCAGAUGUUUUAAACAGUCCCACGGAGCACAGGUAUGAUGACUGGAUUCUGCCUCCAACGUUGGAAGCCUCUGCAUAGCCGUUGCUGGGAUUCACAAGUGGGGAGAGUUUUGCUAUUGUGCUCAGAUCCUGGUCGCAGGCUUCCCAUUGUGCAGGAGCAGCUCAGCAAUAAAUCACAUGGAGUAAGUGAAGUUAACUCUUAUUAGAAGAAAUGGGCUGCCAGUGUGGUGUAGUGGUUAAGAGCGAUAGACUCGUAAUCUGGGGAACUGGGUUCGCGUCUCCGCUCCUCCACAUGCAGCUGCUGGGUGACCUUGGGCCAGUCACACUUCUCUGAAGUCUCUCAGCCCCACUCACCUCACAGAGUGUUUGUUGUGGGGGAGGAAGGGAAAGGAGAUUGUUAGCCGCUUUGAGACUCCUUCGGGUAGUGAUAAAGCGGGAUAUCAAAUCCAAACUCUUCUUCUUCUUCUUCUUCUUCUUCUUCUUCUUCUUCUUCUUCUUCUUCUCCUCCAGAGUGCCAGGCCCAAUGAGCACGGCAACUCUCACGGGUAGGUCUUGUCCCUAUGAGGCAGUUGUGGAGACUGAAGGUCUCCACCUUCCCACAGUUCCCUAAGUCCCCCUCCUCCCCCAGGUCCUUCCCAAGCAAUCUGAGACUCUGCUGCCGUGCCUGUCUCUGCUCCACCCUCUUCAUACCUCUUCUGGUUCUGGGAGACCAGCGGGGAGAGGAGCUUUUCGCAGCAGGAGCGGGAGACACCCUGGCUUCUUCACCAGCUUGACUCCUCUCUGCCUCUUGGACUCCCUCCUCUCUUGCUUUUGCACUUCUCUCUGCCACAGACUCCCUCUGCUCACUAAGCCCUGUUACCUCUUCCCAGUCUUCUCCCUCUCACCACUCUUCGUUGUCCCACCACUAAUCCCCAGACUCUGAGCCUUCAUCCCUUGGGGGUUCCCCCAGCUGGUACCUCCCACCAUUCCUCUGCGUCCAGCAAUUCCAUGGGGACAGGAUGCUGGUUCUAGACUGUCCUCCUUUGGCCUCAUCCGGGAGCCAAGCUCUUCUUAGGGGGUGUGGAGCUGUAUGGAGCAACCCGACCAAUUUCAAACAAUUCCAUUCCCUGCACUGACAUUGCCAAAAGCCGGGGGGGGCAGGGGUAGCUGUGACAUAAUGGCAGCUGGGAGGAGAUUGAUGGGGAAAUGACAUUUGAAUGCAAUCUUUGUUUGCUUGGAAAGAAAUAUAGUUUAUAGUCAGGAAUCCCCUCGUCCAGCUUGGACUUGAUGGCAACCAGAAGGAGGGGAGCGCCUGAGGUUUGAGCUAUUCAUUCAUACAGGAAUAGAAAGGAGCUUUUCCACAUAUAUAUAGUUCUGUGUAUGCCAGUUUAUUUUAUGUAUUUAUAUUAUGUCCCAACACAUACUUUUUUUUAAGGCGGGUAAAAACUUUUCCAGGAUGGAUUGCAAACUAAUGAAAACAAGGAAAAGCCACAACAAUCCACAAUAAAAUCUUUCAAAAACCGAUUAUUAGAAAUGCCAGAUUUUAAAGGGCUGAGAAAAUACUACUACUUCUGGUUGUAUCCAAUAUUAGACCUGCUCAGAGUAGAUCCAUUGAAAUUAAAAUGUACACCACCUUAAGAUCCUUGGAAGAUAAAGGUGGCAUAGAAAUGAAAUGAAAUGAAUAUAUAAAUAAAUAUUAACUCAAAAUAAAUAAUAGUAGUAAUAGUAAAAUAUAAUAUAUAUUAUUAUUAUUAAUAAUGAAAAUAAUGAAAAUAAUAAUAAUAAUAAUAAUAAUAAUAAUAAUAAUAAUAAAUAUCAUUGCUGAAAUGUAUUGAAUUGGAUUACAUCAUGGAGGUUCAGCUACUGGCCAUGGCGGUUAUGUGAAACCUCCUUGUUCAGAGGCAGUCUGUCCCUGAAUAUGUGUUGCUGGGGAACAAGGUCUGAUGCCUUCCUGUGCCACUUGCAGAUUGCCCUAG